AUGAGUGAGGAGAAAAAUUGCGCUAAUAUGCUCAGACGUAGUCCCUUGCAGGUUGCGGAUGCCCACUUGGAGGUGUCCACUCUGGUGCCUUUGACGAAGGAGACGUUAGAGAAUGAAGCCAAUGGCUGUCCGGCUCAAAACAAUUCUGAUCUUGUGAAAUCUCGCCUUUCUUUAGAGUAUAUUUUAUAUGCUAGUUUACUGGUAGGUGCCAUUUUUUCUGGCUUCAUUAUUGUUUCGGAGGCGUCGCGGGUACACAUUGGACGGCAUUAUGUUCAACCCCCGCGAUGGAAAUGGUUGUCAACGCCGCCAUUCAAUUCCGUUGGUUACAAUGGUUUGGGUGAUGCCCAAUGGAAAGCCCUCGACAGAUGGUUUUGGCUCUUGAUUGCGCUGUACACUUGCUUUGCGAUGGGAUCUCGUGUCAUUCGUUGGGCGUUUUUUGCGAGAAUAGGGGUACGUGCACUCCACAUUUACCAAAGCAUUUUAGGUGUUUGCUUUGUUGCGUUUCUCCAUGGACCGGAAUUCUGCGUUCCACUUACACUCGCACUGAUGAACUAUGGAUUUGUUGUUUUCUUUGUGGGUUCUGGUGUCUCUUACCGCGUGUUCAUGGCAGUCAUGUGGUUGUCACAGCUAACGCUGUUG